CAUCAGUGGUAGCUACUUACUGGACCCUUCUGCCAAACUGCCAAUGUCAAUUGGAGUGACACCGAGACUGAUUGCGUGCUACAAAUGGAACCAGCCACCUGAUCCUACUCAUUCUCCAUGGAGCUCCCGUCAUGAUUACGGGCUAAUACCGCGCCCUAUGAGCGAGGCUCCCCCAAAUCAUACGGCAAGAGGGAACUCCUGAAAGCUGGCCGUCAUUCCAUCGUUGCUUGCCCAGCCGACUCCGCGAGCAAUAUACUAAUACCGUAUCUGAGAUUUUAUUCCCUCAAUACACAAUCAUGGCCGGAGAAACCGUAGCGACAGCGCUUGCAAAGGCCAUAGGCAGGCCAGCUUUCAUUUAUGGCACAGCGUGGAAGAAGGCCGAGACGACGAGAUUGGUCCAAGAAGCCCUCGCCUCGGGCUUCACAGCUGUCGAUACCGCUGCUCAGCCGAAACACUAUCGGGAAGACCUCGUGGGAAAGGCGUUGAGGAACUCCUUCGAGUCCGACAUUAUCAGUAGAGAGAGGCUUUUCUUACAGACGAAAUUCACCGCACCUGGCGGACAAUCCCUCUCGAACAUACCGUACAACCCAGAUGAUGAACUCCAGGUUCAGAUCGAGACCAGCGUGAAAUCGUCUUUCAGGAACCUUCGCCCACGAGAAGAGACCGAGUCGGAAAACGAAACAUAUAUUGAUUGCUUGCUCUUGCACUCCCCGCUGGACACUCUCGAAAGCACCGUACAAGCGUGGAAGGUAUUGGAAUCGUACGUCCCCAAGCGGAUUAGGCAUCUCGGCAUAUCGAAUGUCGACUUGCAGAUACUGCAGGGGCUCUACGAUAGUGUCGAGAUCAAACCGGCAGUUGUGCAGAACCGGUUUAUUCCGAUGACGGGCUACGAUGUGGAGCUUCGCGAAUUUUGUGCAGAUAAGGGCAUCAUGUACGAGUCUUUCUGGACCUUGACUGGCAAUCCGAAUCUACUCCGGCUUGAAUCUGUACAAGAUCUAGCAGCGAAGGUCAGAGUGGCCCCUGAAGUCGGUUGUUACGCCCUAGUUAUGGCACUCGGCAUUACAACCUUGAACGGAACUACCUCGACAGAACACAUGAAGGACGAUCUCGCUGGGGUUCUCAAGGUGCAAGAAUGGGCAAGCGAACAUCCAGAGGAGUGGCAGAAGGCUAAAGAUUCCUUCCGUACUUUUAUUGGAGCUAUGUCAAAGAUUGACACAUUAGGGUAAUUACACGCGCCUGGUUAUACGACUGACUGUCCCGUUCAAGUGCAGAUGUAAAAGUAUAAUAUGCCCAUAUAUCGUAACUUAAGACAAUUGACUC